AAAGACCAAUCAGCAAGUGAGGAAGUGCCCGCUAACGAAAUGAAAACGGAUAUACACGACGAGAUUGAUAUAAGCAUCCAUGGCAGCGAAAAGGAAGCAUUGUUAUCAGCUGUGACAGACAGACAAACGGAAGAAUUUUUUGAAGGCGAUGCAAUGUUAGGUGAAAAAAACAAACGGCUUUCAAUGGCAAGCGAAGACGACGAAUCUGAACAGAACGUCGAUAACGUCUUCAGACAGAACAAAUUGAACAGACCGAAGAAUGGCUCCGAACGUGUGGUUCAACGCGAUGUUGCUGAAGAAUGUCUGUCUGACGGUAGUAGCAGUGCAAAGCGCAAAAUACCGUCAACCACAUCGGAAUUCAGCAACAGCAACUUGUUCACCACUGAAUCGAGUCCGGAGAGUAGCCCUGUUAAACAAAGACCACAGCAUUCUAAAAAAGAAGUCAAUGUUGCUCUUCACUCAGCUCAAAAGAAAGAAAAGUAUGAGACGCCUUCCAGAACCACGAUCGUAACAGCGCAGCCGCGCCUGUCUAGAAACGGGUUCUCCCAACGCGCCGCAACAGUUAACUCGCGUGGAGCAGUAGGCAACGGGGACAUCGUUCCACCGACGCCUGAAGAAGAUCGGCAGAAGAGCGUACUGAAAAGACGUAAGGUAGUGCAUAACACUUAUGUUGACGAAGACGGGUAUUUGGUGACAAAAUGCGAGAGCGAAAUCGAAACUGUCCGUUUGAAACAUGAGCACAGUGGCGUGCAACAAAAGCUGGAGCGCAACGUCGAGGGGGCGUCGAAGCCAAAAAAACAGGCGUCACUGACCUCGUUUUUCGGCAAGAAUUGA